UUGUUGUGUUGUCAUGGCAGCGUGUGCAAUAACGUGUUGAAUAAACUGUCAACCUAAAUGUCAUAGUCCAUAGUCUAAAUAUAUACAACAACUCGCUCUGCGGUUAAAACAGACGGUGCAUGAAUGCCGUUUUGCGUGUCCAGGUGAUGCAGACAGGCUGGACCAGAGAGUGAGAGACAGAACUGGACUCCUCACAGCAGUGAACUUCAGCACAGACGCCCUGAUUGGGGACACCUGACGCCCUGAUUGAGGACACCUGAGGGCUGGCGGAGGAUUAAGAGGCCUGGGCCAGAGUCUUGAUCUCUCUCUCCCCGCAGAGGACCGGACCUCGGAGAGCAGCCACGUCGCCUAUGUUUUUUUGCUUUGCCUUUUUGUUUGUCUUCGGACACAUUAAGUUUUGCUAAAUAAAUACCUUUUUUACAUAUUCUUGUCCUUCCCACGCUUUUUGUUAUGGCUAAGAGCCAGGCCAUGACAGAUGGGGGCUCGUCCACUUCUUUUUAUCUGUGAUGCAGCAACGGAUAGGUAAGAUUUGUGUUGGGAGUUGAUGCGCGUGUAUAACAUUUGUUGGGAGCGCGUUUGCAGUGCGGCCGGUUUCUUUGUUUCGGCUCGUUGUGGGAAGGACAUUAGAUUUCAGAUCGUUGUUUGGGGACUGAUUUGAGUACUUUGUGAAACUUUGAUUUGUUUGGUAUUAUAUUUCGGGAGAGUGGUUGCUAGUUGUUCUUAGCCGUGGUCAGCUGUUUGUUUUGUUUUUCUCCUUUUUCUCUCGUGGGGGUUUGUUGGUGCGGAGCGGUGCGGAGUUUUCCCUGGCAGGUUAAGCGGCGGUUCCCUUGGGAUUGUUGAGCGGGGUGUGUAGUGUUGCGGAGAAAGUGGUUGAAGCUUCGGCUUGGGAGCAUGGCCGUGGUCACAGUAGUGUUGCUAGCUUGCUAGUCGCUUUGCUGGGCCAGCGGUCUCCGGUGCAUAAAUACCCACCACAAGUAACUGCAUGAAGACUAGGGAGGAGAUUAGUCAGUGGGAUGGUGAGUUAGUGGGGAAACUCCAAUCAGAACAUUAGUGUUGUUCCACUUUGGACGCAUCACGCAUAAUAAGCGUUGUGCUAUCUGUCCGGUUUGUUUUUGUGUUUUUUUUCUUUUUCUCAUCUCUCGGUUUAAAGGUCCGGUGUUGUGUUGUGUUGUGAGGGGUCGUUGGAAGUUAAUAUGGCUGACGUAGAGGCAUUUGUUGAAGCUCCGUCUCAGGAGUUGCUUAGCACUUUUUCAAAAGAGCAGCUGCUCUUAAUUGCUGAGCAUUUCUCUGUGUCUAUUGUCGGGGAUAGAAGGGUGAAAGAUAACAUAAAAGACUCUAUAGUGUCGACAUUAAGGGAGACGGGAGUUUUUGCUGCAAAGGAAGAGGGGGUUUUGUUAAAACCUCGUUUUCAGGCAAGUGCACUUUCUUUUGAGCAGCAGAGGGAAAUGUUGUUGUUGCAGCAGGAACACGAAAAAAUAAAGUGGGAACAUGACCGGGAACAUGACAAAAGGAAGUAUGUGUUGGGAAUUGAAAAGGAAAUCACAGUGGAGCGGAUGCGACAAGAAUCUGAGAAAGCCAAGAUAGAGUUGGAGGGACGUCGUCUGGCUAUUCUCAGAGAUGGCGCGUUGUCCGGUGAGGGGCAGGGUGAACAGGUGCCCAGGUCUCCUCAUCACUUUGAUGUUAAUAACCUGCGCUUGCUGCCUCACUUUAAUGAAGGUGAUCCCGACACGUUUUUUGUUGUUGUUUGAACGUGUAGCUAGGGCUAGAGAUUGGCCUGAUGCAGACUGCGCUCUGAUGCUUCAGUGUGUUCUCACAGGAAGAGCACAGUCUGCAUAUUCCUCUUUAUGUCUGGAAGAUAGCUCUAGCUAUAGUAAAAUAAAAUCAGCGGUGCUUAGAGCAUAUGAACUGGUGCCAGAGGCCUAUCGACAGCGUUUUAGGUCCUUUGAGCAAAAACAAGAUCAAACAUAUGUGGAGAUGGCGAGGGAUUUGUCUGUUCAUUUUAAGCGUUGGUUAACUGCUCUUGACGUCACUACUUUUGACGAUUUGUGUGAGCUCAUGACUUUGGAACAGUUCAAAAAUAUUCUUCCUGACAAGAUUGCUACUUACAUAACAGAACACAGGGUCACUUCUGCGGCUGAAGCUGCUGUGGCAGCUGAUGAGUUUGUGUUGCAGGUUCGGAGGGCGCUCUGGGGCCCUAGCUGUUUUUGAAGGAAGUAGAAAGGCUGUUGAUGUUGGUUCAUUUGGGAUGGAGCCAAGGAAAUUUGGGUUUGGUCAAAUCUGAGGUGGAUAAUGAUAUGUGCCACUACUGUCGUGAAAAAGGCCAUUGGAAGGCAGAAUGUCCUGCGCUUAGAGCAAAAUCUGAGGGAGGAAGAUAUUUUGUUGGGCCUGUUGCGUUAGCUGCUCCUGUGAAAAGCUGCUGUGUUGCCGAUGUGCUUACAUCCCACUUAUGUGGAUCUGAGGUUUUGGCAUCUUAUGCUCCAUUUAUACGAGACGGCUUGGUGUCAUUGGUAGGUAGUAAUGUCAGAGUUCCAAUCAAAAUCUUGCGAGACACAGGGGCUUUUGAUUCCUAUAUUGUUGACUCUGUUUUGCCUUUGUCUUAUGAAAGUGACACUGGUGACACUGUUCUGAGUUGGGGAAUGGGAUUAAAAGUUCUUCCUAUUCCUGUUCAUAGGAUGUAUAUUGACUGUGACCUUGUUAAAGGUGAAGUAGCUGUUGGUGUACGUCCAGCUUUGCCAAUCGAGGGGAUACACUUCAUCCUGGGCAACGGUUUGGCAGGUAGCAGAGUCUGGACUGAUGUUCCCCCUGCGUUUUUAGUCACUGGCGGCCCGAUUGAGUCAGGGUCUGAGGAGAGCUCUACAGUGUUGGCAGACGUCACGUCCUCUUGUGUGACCACUCGUGCUAUGGACAAAAAUAUGUUUGGAAACCAGAAGAUCAAGCAUUGUCCCACUAGUCAAAGUGGUCGUGGCGGCGGUGGCGUUGAUGGUGGUCGUGGUGGCGGCAGCGUUUAUGGUGGUCGUGGCGGCGGCAGCAGGGGUCGAGGAAGAGGCAAGGAAAUGUCCUGCUAUCGGUGUGGAGACCAAGGACACAUGGCUCGUGACUGUGGGUAUGCCAACGACCGGAAGUGCUAUUCCUGCGGUGGGCUUGGUCACAUCCAGAGACGGUGCAGUAGGGUGAAAUGUUACAGGUGUGGCGACAUUGGCCACGUUGCGGUGCAGUGCAGUAAACCCAGUGAAACUAACUGCUACAACUGAGGAAACAUGGGCCGUGACGGUAAUGUAUUGUCUGUCAUACUGUUCGAUAAAUCGUUCUCGCUCUGCCCAUCCUUUUAAAGUGUGCUUCUCAGGUAGCUUACCUGAGUUGCUAAAGAUGUGGCUGGGUGUUGGAGGAGCGUUUGGCAGUGUGAGGGUUGUAUGUUGCAAUUGGUGGUUUUGUUGGAGGUGGGGUGCAUUAUGUCUUGUGUUUUUUUUGUUCAUUACUGGUGUUUUUUGUUUUGUCAGGGUUGAGAUUGGUGUGCCGGUGGUCCUGGGGACACCGACUUUAAGGGGGGGGGUGUGACGACCCCUGCCUUGUUGUCUCCUGUGGUGUGCAUGGCCCUUUAAUGUUUCUCCUCUGCUUGAGACGCCCUGAUUGGGGACACCUGACGCCCUGAUUGAGGACACCUGAGGGCUGGCGGAGGAUUAAGAGGCCUGGGCCAGAGUCUUGAUCUCUCUCUCCCCGCAGAGAACCGGACCUUGGAGAGCAGCCACGUCGCCUAUGUUUUUUUGCUUUGCCUUUUUGUUUGUCUUCGGACACAUUAAGUUUUGCUAAAUAAAUACCUUUUUUACAUAUUCUUGUCCUUCCUACGCUUUUUGUUAUGGCUAAGAGCCAGGCCAUGACAGUAUU